CUCCAACUUUUCUUGAUUUUCAUUUGUUUGCCUGUUAAAUAAAGUGCUUGCUGCUAUUGUUUUUAACCAGUGGAGAUGGAAAAUUUGUUCGGUUUGCUAAGAGUCAAUGUCAUAAGAGGUAUCGACCUUGCUAUAAGAGACACUACAAGCAGCGAUCCUUACGUGAUUCUUAGGAUGGGAAAACAGAAAUUAAAGACUCGUGUGGUGAAAAGGAAUGUCAACCCUGAAUGGAAUGACCAACUAACCCUAUCUAUUGAUGACCCUAAUCUUCCAAUCAAGUUGCAAGUUUAUGACAAAGACAAAUUCAGUUUAGAUGACAAAAUGGGAGAUGCUGAAUUCGACACUAAAGAAUUUAUAGAAGCUGUAAAGAUGAGACUGCAUAAUAUUCCAAGUGGAACCGUAAUUUGCAAAGUAAAACCAAACCGGGAAAAUUGUCUAUCAGAAGAGAGUUGUAUUAAGUGGGAAAAUGGUGAAGUAAUCCAGCAAAUGUUUCUCAGACUCAGAAAUGUUGAGUGUGGUGAAAUAGAGCUCCAAUUGCAGUGGAUACAUGUCCCGGGAUCUAGAGGUUUGUCGUAAUGGAGUUAUAGGGCGUCCAACUCGUUACUUCUACGCAUGAUGUAAAGAUCGACAAGUUUCGUUAGGAGAAUUCGACCGCGCUCUAUAGUACUAAAAAUAAUCUUUAAAAAAUCUUGUUCAUUACAGCCUUGUACAGUUCAGAUUUUUGUUCUACUCCUUAGAAUGUAUUUAUAUGUCAGAUGUGAGUGUUAAAUUUGUACCCUUUUAAUUAUUUAUAUUUUUAUUUCCAAUUUGA